AUGCCUCAGUCCCGGUCCCUCACCUGCGCUCUUGCUCACGUGUCUCAGCGCGGACUCCGUCGGUCUCACGAGCCUCACGGUGUUGGAGCCGAGGCCCCGGUGCGCGCGCGGCCGCCCGUCAGGCUUUGCGACGCGGUGAUACAGACUGAGCAUGAACUGCAGACUGCGGUCCGUGUGCGCGGAGGCGGUCAGCGCUGUGGUCAUCAGUGCGAGGAAGAGGAGGAGGAGGAGGAGGAAGGCGCGCGGCCGCAUGGUGCUCAGGCUGCUGUACGUGCACUCAUCCUCCACGAUCACUGCGCGUGCACGGACCUCUCACGCAUGUGCAUCUAUGGAGUCUCGCGCGCGUACCCACGACUGCACUUAUCACUUGACGUGCGCGUGAUCCGCCCCCCUGAGAGCGCGUGCACGUACAGACCUGUGGACCAGUCCCCAGUCUGUACCCUGGACUCCCUUAGACCUGUGGACCAGUCCCCAGUCUGUACCCUGGACUCCCUUAGACCUGUGGACCAGUCCCCAGUCUGCACCCUGGACUCUCCUCUAGACCUGGUCUCCACACGACUCGAGAACAACAUACAGAUUUUAUCAGUAAACAUGAAACAGAAAGUGAAAGAUCUGGACUCAGACGAUGAGUGGAUCCUGGAACAUGAGGUCAGAGGUCAUCAGUCUCCUGUCCCUUAA